AUGAGUUUGGUGAUUAUGUUCCUUCAUUUGUUGAAAAAUGGAAAGAAAAAAUUGAUCUACCCUAUUUUCAGAAUCCCUCUAAUUAAAUAGACAAGAUAUUUAGUAAAUUAUCCAAUAAAUUAGAAUUUUGAGAAUGCAUUAAUAAUGUAUCUACUCAUAAAGGCGACCAAAAUAGCAUCCUAUUAAUUUUGA